CGACAGCAAGUGAAACUGCGAAACCCUGAAUAAAUAAAAGUAUAAGAAACCUGUUGCUAUGCAAAAUCAUAGAACCCAAGCAGGUGGAACAGGCGGUUACGAUGAAGAAGGGAGUUCAACUUGCUAAGCGACUUUCUCCAUCUCUAUCCACCAUCUUAAAUUUGAAUGCUUCUACUCAUUCUCUGCUUAGCAGCUCUCCCUGGUGGUCCGCCUCUCAACAUCGCGGCGUCAAAGUCAAUGCCAUUCAUCUAAGGCCUGGGAAUGUAAUUGAAAAAUCAGGACGAGUCUACCAGAUUGUAGAAUCAGAGCAUAAGCAGCGAGGUAGAGGAGGUGCAUUGAUGCAGGUAGAGCUUCGUGAUGUUGACAAUGGAAACAAAGUAAGUUUACGCUUCGGCCCUGAGGAGCCUGUUGAAAGAGUAUUUGUUGAGGAGAAGUCUUUCACGUGUUUGUAUACAGAGAAAAACACUGCAUUUCUGAUUGAGCCUGAGACAUUUGACCAACUGCAAGUACCAUUGGACUUAUUCGGCAAGUCUGCUGCUUACCUAAAAGAGGAAAUGAAAGUUACACUACAGUUAUAUGAUGGAAGGCCUUUGACUGCAUCAGUUCCAAAGCGUGUGACAUGUACUAUUAAGGAAACACAAGCCCCAAUGAAAGGGGUUUCAGCCACCCCUAGGUAUAAAAAAGCUUUGCUGGACAAUGGUGUUACUGUUCAAGUACCACCCUAUCUUGAUACAGGAGAAGAAAUAAUUAUCAGUACUGAAGAUGAUUCAUACCUUGGCAGGGCAAACUAAUAGUAGUACAUUUAACAGGAGUUAAAUAAUCUAGAGAAAAAAAAAAGAGGGAAGAUUUUGAAAUUAGUGGUGUGUUAUAGUCUAUCAACCAUAUUUGUUCCAAUUUUUUAAUUUUGAUCCAAAAAUAUGUUGGUUGGCCUCUAUAAAGUUGUAGCGAGUGCAAAACGCUUUAUCUUUGGAGAAUUGUAUCACUUAUGAGAGUUAAAUAAACUCAAGAGGAGUUGCUUGGGGGCUUUUUGGGUGGUGAA